GGGAACUAGGGUUUGGGUGAGGAGAGGUGAUGGAAUCGGAGUGUGUCGCUGGUGGUGGAAGCUUCAACAAUGCUGUGGUGCAAUCGGAACAGCUACGGCGAUCGCCUGACGCAACCGAUGAGCGGAGGGUUCCACGGUGACGAUGGCCGCGACUUUUUGAGCGAGCGAGAAUUGCAGACAGAACUCGUGGUUCUGCCUGGAGCCUUGAUAGGUUUUAGGGUUUAGUGCUGCUUACAGAGCACGAGGGUUGAAUUUGAUUGCCCAAGAGGUCUUAGAUUGGUCGAUCCGGCUGCUGCCAUGGACGAUGCGCAACAGAUUGUGCUGGUGGCGCUGCAACAAGCGGGGAUUGUGGUGCCGGACGGAGCCAAAGCAGGGAAUGAACUCAACUCGAGCGCACUCGUCAGUAUCUGCGGACAAGCUUUGAAUUCGUUGUCUCGUUUUAAUGCAGAUGGUGCUAAUGGCUCUGCCCCUGUGCCUACAAGCCUGCCUACGGGCACAGCGGAGCGGUUUCGAGUGUGCACCGAUUUGGCAGCCGCGGUCAAGUUGCUGGGAUACCGCGGUGACCUUAGCUUUCAUCAGUUUCUGUACCCGUCUCACAAGGACACGCACGCAUUGCUGCGCUUCCUGCUUGACAAGCUCUCGAAAUCAUCGUCAGCAGCGGCGUCGUCCUCAAAAGCUAGCAAAGGUCGGAAAGCUCGAACUGGAGGUAGUAACCUUGCAUCGACGUACAGCGCGCGUAUGAGUGGUCUCGUGCUGGAAGCAUUGUCGAAAGCGCACGGUGAUUACCAUCUAACUGGGGCUGGUGAUGAUGGUGAGAGGGACCUGAUGUUGCGGUUUCAGAGUUGCCCGCUGCGGAUGUCGGCUGUGAAAACUGUGGAGGGCGUUAAGCAAGUGAAACCAUUGCUUGUAACAGUGAAGGCGAAACCGCGCCACUCGCUCAUACCGUCUCUGCUCGAGCUGAAUGUGAAGGACACGAUUAGGGCACGCUCUGCAGCAUCUAAUUUAAAGGUGAAAGGGCGUGCGCGGGACGGUAAUGUGGCCGUUACGACCUAUGGUGAGUUUCUGCCGCGUCAAUUGCCUCCCGAGUCCCUCAACCAGGCACAUCUGUUCAGUGAGGAUAAUGCUCGUCUUGGUGAUGGUACGAAUGGCGAUGAAGUUGAAAGAGAUGCCAAUGUUGUAUCCGAGCUGCAGAAGCAGCUAAAAGAGCUUUUAUCCGAGGCAGAUAAGAUGGAGGCCGAAGUGCAAGCCAUGGAGGAUCAUAUUUCGGUGUUAAUAGAGGAACACGAGGUUAAAGAAAAGAGAAUUCAGGAAGAAGAGGGUGAAAUAGCUGCUCUACGGGAAGCUGUGACUUUCGCAUUGGACCCAUCGAAGCCAUCGCCGUCUGUAGCUCUCGAGGAGUUGCAGGACCAAGCCGAACAGGGGAAGCAGCACAUGGCGGCUUUGCAGGCCGAAUGGGAGGCGGUGAGGCGACCCUUAGAGGAGAAGAAAGCCGAGUUGGAACAAGAAGUCACCGGGGAAGGAAACAUAACAUCGAAGAUGAUGAAGCUUAAAAACGUCCGCCAACAACUUCAGCGCUCCAAGGAGAAACUUCGUGUUCGGGAGGAACAGGCAUGGACGCUGAAAAUGGACUUGAAAGAAAUCUCCGGACGACCCAAGAGAUCAUCUUACGUUUUCCGCAUUACGGAGCUCGUCAAGAACAGCCAGAAGCAGGAGACGGACAUCGCAAAAAUCACAACUGAUACUCGUGAUCUACAGCGUGACAGCAAUGCCACUAACGAUCGGCUUCGCCGCACUUAUGCUCUCGUGGACGAGCUGGUAUUUCGAGAUGCUAAGAAGGACCCUGUGUGUCGCCAAUCGUACCGGCAGUUGACUACCAUUCACGAGACGUUCGCAGUCAUUGUGGAUAGAGUGUUGGAGAUGGACAAGACUGGGCGUGACAUCGCCGAAUUGCAAGCCCAGCUGGAGGAGCUUCAGACAUCUUCACUCGAUGUCAAGAGCGUGCAGGCAGAUCUAGAUGCCGUUGCCAUCGAAACCCGCGCCCUUGAGAGAUGCCUUGCUAGUGUUCAAACUACCACACAUCAUGUCUUGAUACCCACCUGAGCUCAACCAUCCCUAUACACACAUUAGAUCUGCUCUCUCCAGAACCAGGAGUUUGAACUAGCCCAGGAGAGCAUGCAGAGGCUGUAUUAUUUUGUACAAGGUGUUCUAGUAGUAGUUGCAGUUAGCUCCAUUUCGAGUGUAUUAUGUGGUCGAGAAAUUGAGGCAUGUGCUGCGGCUUUCAUGUAAACAUCAUCGAAGUGAUCCAUAUUGUAACGUCGCAAUCCUCUCAUCGAAUUGCGAUGAACAGAUAUUGAUCGAUGCCAUAUUCAGGGACAGAAGAAUUAUUGAAAAUAGAUGGGCAUGUGGGUAUCAAAUCAAUGUCGGAAAAUGAGAUGAAAAAAGAAACUGAUUUAUUCAAGAAAA